AUAUGUGAAAGGAGAGCAGUUACCAGCUGGACAUCAGUCAGCAUGCUGGGCUUUCUGAUACUGGUGUGGAUAUGCAUCUUCCUCCUCUUCCUCUUCAUCCAGAUCCCGAGGCCUAAAAACUUUCCCCCAGGACCUCGUCCUCUGCCAUUAUUUGGGAAUUUGCUGGAGCUAAACAUCAACAAUCCUUUGAAGGAUUUUGAGAGGCUCGCAGAUCGCUAUGGGAAAGUUUACAGCCUGUACCUUGGAUCAAAACCUUGGGUGGUUCUUAACGGUUUUGAGGUUUUGAAGGAAGCGCUUCUUACUAAGUCUGUGGACUUUGCAGGACGGCCACAGGACCUCAUGGUCAAUCGUGUUACAAAAGGAAGCGGUGUCAUAUUGUCCGACUAUGGCCCCAGUUGGAAAGAACACAGGCGCUUUGCUCUGAUGACCCUCAGGAACUUUGGCCUGGGGAAGCAGUCAAUGGAGGAGAGAAUUCUGGGAGAGGUUUCACACAUUAUUGCCAAACUGGAAAAAAGAGUUGGAAGCUCCUUUCACCCUCAGACUAUGUUCCACAAUGCUGCAUCAAAUAUCAUCUGCAUUGUUCUGUUUGGAUCCCGUUAUGAUUAUGACGAUGAAUUCCUCAAACGUUUCGUUCACGUCUAUACAGAGAAUGCAAAGAUUGCCAAUGGGCCAUGGGCCAUGAUAUAUGAUACAUUUCCUAUGCUGAGAGGUCUGCCCCUGCCCUUUAAAAAGGCCUUCACAAAUGCCAACAAGGCCAGAGAAAUGUCUGCACAACUGGUCAACGAGCACAAAAAGACUAGAGUCCCGGGAGAGCCAAGAGACUUCAUUGAUUGUUAUUUGGAUGAGCUUGAUAAGAGAGGAAACGAUGCUUCCUCAUUUUCUGAAGAUCAGCUUAUCCUGUAUGUUCUGGAUUUGCACUUUGCAGGGACUGAUACCACGUCCAACACCCUCCUCACUGCUUUUCUCUACCUCAUGACCCAUCCAGAGGUUCAAGUGAGAUGUCAAAAAGAGAUCGAUGAGGUUCUGGAAGGUAAAGAUCACGCAUCGUAUGAAGACAGACACAAUAUGCCGUACACACUGGCUGUGAUUCAUGAGGUUCAGCGCGUGGCUAACACUGUACCGCUAAGUGUGUUUCACUGCACCACCAAAGACACGGAGCUGAUGGGCUACAGCAUCCCGAAGGGAACCUUUGUUAUUCCUAACCUCACUUCUGUGCUAAAAGAAGAAGGCCAGUGGAAGUUUCCUCAUGAAUUCAACCCAGACAACUUCCUGGAUGAGCAAGGCCAGUUCGAGAAACCUGAAGCCUUUAUGCCUUUUUCUGCAGGUCCUCGUGUGUGUCUGGGUGAGGGUCUUGCUCGUAUGGAGCUCUUCCUGAUCAUGGUCACUCUGCUGCGCCGUUUCCAGUUUGUGUGGCCCGACGAUGCAGGGGAACCUGAUUACACCCCGGUAUAUGGGGUCACCCUCACCCCCAAACCCUACAGAAUGCACAUCAGACGCAGAGAGACAGUCACAUUAUGAUGAUUAUGACAGCUUUAUGUUACAAUGAUGUUGUGACGUGUUUUCAUACCAGUAUGCAUUUUGACUGGCCGUAAAAGACCACAAAAUAAUUAAAAGGCCUGAAUAAAAACCUGUUACAAAAUAGA